UCUAAGAAACCAUGGCACUCCCUUUUCGAAAAGACUUGGAGAAAUAUAAGAACAUUGAUGAAGAUGAGCUUUUUGGAAAACUCUCAGAAGAGGAACUGAAACACUUGGAAAAUGUUCUUGAUGACCUAGAUCCCAAGAGUGCCCUGCUACCAGCUGGAUUCCAACAGAAAGACCAGACACAGAAAACCGCCACUGGACCGUUUGGCUGUGAGCACCUCCUCAUGUACCUGGAGAAGGAGGCUUUGGAACAGAAAGACAGGGAAGACUUUGUGCCUUUCACUGAAGAAAAGAAAGAGAGAGUCUUUAUCCCCAAAGAAAACCCCAUAGAAAUGCGUAAAGACAAAGUAACCCUUGAUCCAGACCUGGAAGAAACUUUGGCCAGUGCCUCCGACACUGAACUCUACGAUCUUGCAGCUGUUCUUGGAGUACACAAUUUACUCAAACCAAAGUUUGAUGAAAAAACACCCAACACUAAAGGUGGCAAAGGGCCUGUGAGAAAUGUGGUCAAAGGUGAAAAGGUCAAGCCUGUACAUGAGGAACCACACAACCCCACAAAUGUGGAAGUAAGUCUGCAGCAGAUGAAAGCCAACAAUCCCAGCUUCCAAGAAGUUAAUCUCAACAACAUUAAGGCUUUUGUAGAUAAGCUGAAAGUAAACAAGACCUUGAAAAGUCUAAACAUAGAAUCCAAUUUUAAAACUGGAGCUGAUUCCGAAACCGGUUUGGCUCAGUGGAUAGAGCGUCAGCCUGAAAAAGACACCUUGACAGAAAUCAAGAUCGAUAAUCAGAGACAGCAGUUGGGAACAGCUGUAGAGAUGGAACUUGCCCAGAUGCUCAAGGAUAAUUCAAGGAUCCUUAAAUUUGGAUAUCAGUUUACCAAGCAAGGGCCACGAACAAGGGUGGCAGCUGCCAUCACAAAGAAUAAUGACCUGGUUUGUAAAAAACGAUUGAAGGAGACUGAAAGUAAAUUUCUAUGA